AUGCCCGGAAUCAAUGUGACCGAGACGAUAUUUCCCGACUACCUCAUCAUUGGUGCAGGCUGCGUGGGCAUGAGCUUCGCCGACUACCUGGUCACUGAAACAAAGGCUACACUAGCCAUUGUCGACAGUUAUGCCCGUCCGGGAGGCCAUUGGACACUCGCGUACCCAUUCGUCACUCUCCAUCAGCCCUCCGAAAGUUAUGGCGUUAGCUCUCGAAAGCUCGGUGAUGGUAAAAUCGAUAAAGCUGGCCUGAACAAGGGCUAUUUCGAGUUGGCAACGGGUGACGAAAUUGUUGGGUAUUACAGCAGAGUCAUGCAUGAUACUUUCAUCCCAUCCGGUCGGGUUUCGUAUUACCCACUGCACAAAUAUAUCAGCGACGGAGAGUUCCAAUCAAUCACCACAGGAAAAUGUUUCCGAAUCGGACCAAACACGCGCAUUGUGGACACGUCGUAUUCCAAGGUCACGGUUCCUUCCAUGCGUCCACCUCACUACGAAAUCUCGGACAAAGUCAACAUUACUACGCCCAACGGCUUGACGACAAUGAAACGACCUUACGGCGCCUACACCUUAGUCGGAGCCGGCAAGACCGCAUUCGACUCCUGCAUUUGGAUGCUAAAUCAGGGCAUUGACCCAAAGAAUAUUCACUGGAUCAUGCCGCGCGACGCCUGGUUACUGGAACGCGGUUACCUCCAGCCACCAGAGGCUACUCCUAACCCUGAAGAGCAGCUAGCAAAGAAGGGUGAAAUCUUCAUGGAGUCUACAACGACCCAGGAAAUCUUUGAGCGCAUGGAGGCAGCUGGGUACGCGGUGCGUAUGGAUAAGAACGUGCGGCCUACAAUGAUGAAGAUUGCGAUUCUCUCAAAGGCGGAGAUGGAACUGGCCAGGACCGUAAAGAACAUUAUACGCCUAGGACAUGUUACACGCAUUGAUGAAGACAAGGUCACUUUGGAGAAGGGCACGUACAAGCCUGUGCCUGACACUCUCUAUAUCGACUGCAGCGCGUCCGGUUUCCCAUACCGGCCCGUUGUUCCCAUUUUCAAAGGCAGCACUAUUACGGUUCAGAACGUCAAGUUCGGCCAGCCGGCAUUCAGCGCCGCUUUACUUGCACUCAUUGACACUACGUACGACAGUGAUGAAAAGAAGAAUUCGCUCUGCGAGCCCGUCCCAUUCUGUGGCAAGCCGGAGGAUUUUACAGCUACCUUUUUGACUGGCAUUAAGAACAGGCUGAAGUGGUUCGAGGAGCCUAAGAUUAUGGCCUGGACGGAGAAGACUCGUCUCGAUUUCCCUAUCUUAGGUCCGCCGCCGAGGGAUCCUAAAGCUGCUGCUGCUCAUAACGCUAGUGUUCCGCAACAGCUUGAGGCUCUUAGCGGUAAGCUAGAGAAAAUCGUUAGAAACGACACUGUAGUUGCACCCUACCUCUAA